AUGGCUAUGCAACCGGAACUGAGUCGGGUACAUGAAUAUUACGAUAUCGGUUCACCUAUUAUCGAAUGUCGUUAUUGUAAAGCAAUGAUGUGGUAUCAAGAGAGGAUGCACAAAAGUACCCACUCUGCUAACCCGAAGUUUAUGAUGUGUUGUGGGAACGGAAAAGUUGAACUCCCACUGCUAAGACAGCCUCCGGAACCACUUGCAACACUUUUGUUUGAUUACGAAAAUAUUGUUAGUCGGAAGUUUCAACAACAAAUCCGACUAUACAAUAUGAUGUUUGCAUUCACAUCACCGGGAGCAAGGUUGGACAAUCGUUUUAACAACGGACGUGGCCCUCCAAUACUAAGGAUACAAGGUCAAACGUGUCAUCGCAUCGGAAGUAUGUUGCCUCCUCAAGGUCAAAAACCAAAGUUCGCUCAGUUAUAUAUUUAUGACACCGAAAAUGAGGUGGAAAACAGAAUGCAUCAUCUAAGGAACAAAGAGAACAUUGAUCCUUUGGUUGUCAAUCAAUUGUCCAGCAUGCUGUAUGAAUUCAAUCCUCAUGCUAAGAUAUUUCAAAUGGCAAGACACUGGUUGAAUAGUGGGGAACCUCAAAACCUAAAACUGCGACUAAUUUCAAAUCGGUCUACCGAUGGCAGAGUGUAUAAUCAGCCAACUGUCAGUGAAGUUGCAGCCUUGGUUGUUGGAGAUAUUGACACGGCAGAAAUGAGGGAUAUAAUAAUGCAAACUAGAGGAGGACUUCAAAGAAUCAACGAGCUCCAUGCCGCUUACAUGGCUUACCAAUAUCCGUUGAUUUUUCCGUAUGGUGAGGAUGGCUAUAGACCUGAUGUAGCCCAUAGGGACCUGUCUGUCAACGAAAACAACAUCAGAAAUAGGCUCACGAUUCGCGAAUGGCUGGCCUUUCGCAUUCAAACCAGAUCAAAAGAAGCUAAGACUUUGUUAUCUUCUAGAAGGCUGUUCCAGCAAUUUCUGGUCGAUGGUUACACUAUGUUAAAGUCCGAGAAACUAGAAUGGCUACGCAAAAAUCAACCAAAGCUUCGAGUGUCCAAGUACAAAUCUUUACAUGAAGAGGGCGACCAAAGUCAAGGUCCAGGUUUAAGCAUAGGUAAACGAGUGGUGUUGCCUUCGUCCUUUGUUGGCGGUUGUAGGUUUAUGGAUCAAUUGUACUAUGAUGAAAUGGAUAUAUGCAGUAAAGUUGGAUCUCCAGAUUUGUUUAUUACUUUUACCUGUAACCCGAAUUGGCCUGAGAUUCAAAGGGUACUUGGUCCUCUUCAUUUGAAGCCUCAAGAUCGACCGGAUAUCAUUUCUAUAAUUUUCAAAAUCAAGUUUGAUCAAUUGCUUUCAGAUUUGACCAAAAAAGGUGUUCUUGGAAAAGUGCUUGCUUAUAUGUACACCAUUGAAUUUCAAAAAAGAGGAUUGCAUCAUGCCCAUAUAUUGAUCUUCUUGCAUCCUUCAAACAAAUAUCCAAGACCGGAAGACAUUGACAAGAUCAUUAGUGCUGAAGUGCCCGAUCCCGAAACACAACCUCUGCUGUACAAUUUGGUCAAAUCUCAAAUGGUUAAUGGUCCUUGUGGUUUGGAAAAUCUCAACUCACCUUGUAUGAAAGAUGGGAGGUGCACUAAGUUUUACCCUAAGAAAUUCCAAAGUACAACUUUAGUGGACCAAGAAGGCUACCCGGUUUAUAGGAGAAGAAACAACAGACACACCAUUCAAAAGAACAACAUCAUCUUUCAUAGUGGUCAUGUUGUUCCUCACAAUCCAAGUUUGUUGUUAAAGUACGAAGCCCACAUCAACAUGGAAUGGCGCAAUCAAAUUACUUCUAUCAAAUACCUUUUCAAAUAUAUUAAUAAAGGCUCCGAUAGAAUUUCUGCAAUCAUACAAGGCCAAGACAAAAACAACGUUGACGAGAUCAAACAAUAUUUGGAUUGUCGAUACAUCUCCCCAAGUGAAGCAUGUUGGCAGAUAUUUUCUUAUUCUAUACAUGGCAGAAAACCAGCCGUAGAAAGAUUGUUUUUUCACAUGGAAGGUGAAAACUCUGUGUACUACAAAGACUACGAGCAGGUUGGUGAUGUGUUGCUCAAACCAAGUGUAACGGAGUCCAUGUUUACGGCUUGGUUUGAGGCUAACAAAACUUAUGAGGAAGCAAGAUUACUAACUUAUGGUGACUUUGUUUCUAAAUUUGUUUAUCAUAAACGAAGUCGAAGUUGGAAACCAAGGAAGCGAGGGUAUAUCAUUGGUCGACUGAUUUGGGUUCCGCAAUCCACUAGCGAGUUAUUUUAUUUAAGGAUGAUGCUCACCGUCAAGAAAGGUCCGUUAUGCUAUCAAGACAUCAAAAUGGUUGAUGGUAAGAAGUGCAAAACUUUUAGAGAUGCGUGCUUUGCGAUGGGAUUCUUACAAGAUGAUUGUGAAUUUGUCGAGGCAAUCAAAAAGGCGCAUCUUUGGGGGUCGGGUCCUUUUUUACGCAAACUAUUUGUGACAAUGUUACUUUCGGCAUCCAUGAAUAGACCUGAACAUGUUUGGAGAAAGACUUGGAGAUAUUUAUCGAAUGGCAUUCUUUAUGAUCAAUGGUUAUUGGCAAGAGAUCAAGGUUUGACAAUGAGCGAUGCCGAGCUAAAGGAACGGACACUGAUGGCUAUUGAAACACUAUUGCAAACUAAUAAUCGUAGUUUGAAGGACUUCAAACCAAUGUCAGUUCCAAAAGAGGAUGUCGUUUUCUUUACAGGAAACAGAUUACUUUAUGAUGAACGUCAAUAUGAUGUUGUUGAACAACAACAAAUUUUUGAACAUUUGUCCGCUUCUCUUACAGCAGCACUUAGGUCUAAGAAAAAAAUUGUCUUGCCUGUUGCUUCAAGUGGGAUUGCAAGUUUAUUGUUACCUGGUGGAAGAACAGCCCAUUCUAAAUUUAAGAUUCCUGUUCCUACUUUAGAAAAUUCUAUUUGCAACAUUGAAAAACAAGAUGAUCUUGCUGAGCUUCUAAAGAUGAGAGAUUUAAUUAUAUGGGAUGAGGCUCCUAUGGCUAAUAAAUUUUGCUUUGAAUCUCUCGACAAAUCCUUGAGAGAUAUUAUGAGUGGAAUCUCACAUGCAUCUAGGAAAGUUUUUGGUGGUAAGGUUGUUGUGUUUGGUGGUGACUUCAGACAAAUUCUCCCAGUUAUACCAAGAGGAACUAGAUCAGACAUUAUCCAUGCAACAAUAAAUGCUUCUUAUAUUUGGGAUCAUUGUAAGGUCUUGAGGCUUACAAAGAACAUGCGCUUGCAAACUGGUGAUAAUGCUUCUUCUACAGCUGAUGACAUAAGGAGCUUUUCUGAGUGGAUUUUAAAAAAUGGAGAUGGGACCAUGUGUGAGCCAAAUGAUGGUUAUGGUGAUAUUUGUAUUCCAGAUGAGUUCUUAAUUUCUAACUUUUCUGAUCCGAUCAAGGCAAUUGUUGAAGAUACAUACCCUGAUCUCAUUCAUAAUUAUCUUGAUUCCAAUUAUCUUCAAAGUCGUGCGAUCUUAGCUUCAACAAUUGAAGUUGUUGAUGAUAUUAACCAAUAUAUCACAAAUCUUCUUCCAGGAGAAGAGAAAGAAUACUUUAGUAGUGAUUCUAUUGAUAAAUCUGAUGCAACUAGCUUUGAUGCAUAUGAGCAUGUGACACCCGAGUUCCUAAAUGCUCUCAAAACUUCAGGAUUGCCUAACCAUUCAAUCAAGUUGAAAGUUGGUGCCACUAUUAUGUUAAUGCGCAAUCUAGAUCAGUCUGAAGGAUUGUGCAAUGGUACAAGGCUAACUGUAACCAGGCUUGCUAAUCAUGUCAUUGAAGCUAAGAUCAUUUCUGGAAAAAAUAUUGGUAACUUAUUUUAUAUUCCUAGAAUGUCUCUAUCCCCCUCACAAUCCCCACGGCCGUUUAAAUUGGUAAGACGCCAGUUUCCAAUUAUUGUUUCCUUUGCCAUGACUAUUAACAAAUCUCAAGGCCAAUCACUUGACAAUGUUGGUUUGUAUUUGCCUAAAGAAGUUUUUAGUCAUGGGCAAUUAUAUGUGGCUAUCUCAAGAGUCAAAUCGAAAAAGGGUUUAAGGAUUCUUAUUCAUGACAAAGAUAAACAACCUAUGAUCUCUACCACCAAUGUUGUCCAAACAUUCACUUCAUUUUUGAGAUUCAUGCUGCAGCCAAUGUUGUAUUCAAAGAAGCGUUCCAUAACAUUUGAAAGGUCCAAACAUUGA